UGACGGUGACACUGGACCCAGAGACAGCGAGCCCGUACCUGAUCCUCUCGAAGGACUGCAGAACCGUGCGGCUGGGAGACGGACACCAAACCCCCCCCGACACCCCCAAGAGGUUCACGGGCAGCCCCAGCGCCCUGGGCUGUCAGGGGUUCACGGCCGGGAGGCAUUACUGGGAGCUGGAGGUAGGGGCCGGGGUCAGCUGGGCCGUGGGGGUGGCACUGGAGUCCGUGCGGAGGAAGGAGCCGCUCAACGUGGCCAUGGGGAAGAUCUGGGCCCUGCGGCGUCACAUGCCCCCUGCCCCGCUGGUGCUGAAGGAAGAGCCCCGGAGAAUCAGGAUCCACCUGGACUACGAAGCGGGCCAAGUGACCUUCUACAACGCGGAGAGCAUGGCUCAGAUCUUGCAGUUCAAAGCCUCCUUCGCCGAGAAAGUCUUCCCCUACUUUUGGCUCUGGUCGCAAGAAACCUACAUCCAGCUGUGUGCGUGA